ACAAAUCCCUAAAUUGGAUUAAAUUAGCAUUUCUUCUGAAUUUUUAUCUCUUAAAAUUAAAAUAAACAAACUCAAACAUAUCUAUUAACUAUUUUACCAUUAGAAAUUAAAAAAAAAAAAUCGUUUUAUUCUCUUCUAAAUAACUGAAAGAUCUAUUCGCACGUUCUCAGCAGAAACCCUUCCCUUCCUAUCUCCCCUUGUCUUCAGCAGAAAAUCAAGGACACCACUCUUUCAACUUAACCGACCAAGGCCAUGCCCUCCGCCGCAAACUCCGGCGGCUCCACGCCGGUGUCCACCGUCACCUCCUCCGGAAACACAUCCACGUCUCCGGCCUGCGCCGCCUGCAAGUACCAGAGGAAAAAGUGUUCAAAGAAUUGCCUUCUCGCACCGCACUUUCCUCACGACAGACAGACACAGUUCAUCAAUGCUCAUAAGCUGUUUGGUGUCAGUAACAUCACCAAAAUGAUCAAAAACAUGGAGGAAUCUCAAAGGGUUUUGGCUAUGAACAAUCUUAUCUUGGAGGCUGAUAUGCGAGCACGUGACCCGGUUGGUGGGAUUUACAGGGUUGUGCAUAAUCUCCAGCAGCAAAUCGAGAGUACAAAGGCUGAUCUCGAUCUCGUUCUUCAGCAUCUGGCUCUGUUCCGAGGCAGGCCUCAAGAAACGAAAGAGAUCUAUCAUGGUUAUGGAAAUCUUACAGAACAGCAAUGGCAUGUUUUGAAUGAUCAGAACAUGCAAGAUCAGUACAUGCAACAGGGUUUUGUCAUGGAGUGUACUUAUGAUCAUUAUGAUAACAAUGAGAAGAAGAAGCCUGUGGUAAAGGUUUCGAGUGAUGAAAUCCGCAAGCAGAAAGGGAUUGCUAAAAGGAAAUCAGAUAUGGGUUUGAACCAGCUUCUUAUAUCCUCCUAG